UGAGAACUCCAUGAUACAGAUGUUGAAGGUUAUUUAAACAAAGUCUGAACUGCAGACAUACCUGACAGAUCCCAGGCAAGCCAGCCUUUCCCACAGGCAGCAUACUCUACACUGGGGGAAUGAUAGAUAGUAUUUCUUGCAUGAAGAAAAAGGCAGAAAUAAGAUUUAGAUAAAAAAAAUAAAUAGCACUUCACGUGCUCUGUGUUACCAGUACUCCUGGAUGCACUUCCACAGCUAUGACUUCUGCAUUUGCCACUUCUGCAAAUCGCUGACAUAUCUGUCACGCUCCGGUUUAUAAAAGCCCUUGUGGUACAUAGCGCUGUGUUUAGCAAGAUUUGGCCAGUCCCUGUCCUUACAAUCCAUCAGCAUGAAAGUAUUUUUUGGCCUCAGCUUUCUCCUGACUUUUCUAGACUCAGGAUCCAUGCUUCAGUGUGAGGUGUGUCACAACAUAGGAAGAAGCUGCUCUGGCCCCAUGGAAACCUGUAGUGGUGACACAGACACCUGCGGCAUCAUUCUGCAUGAGGUUACAAUAGGGGGGAUGGCAAUCCCUUCAUCAAUCAAGACCUGUCUGCCAUCCAGAAUUUGCCAGAUGGGCCUUGUCACCAUGAACUACGGGAAGGUGAAAGCAAGGAGCAGCUUGGCCUGCUGUGUGGGUGAUGCCUGUCAGACAGCGUCUGUCUCCUUGCCACCAGAGAACAAUGUGCCCAAUGGAUUCCAGUGUCCUGCCUGCUAUAGUGUGGAUUCUUUCCAGUGUGGUAAUGAAACUGUAAACUGCACUGGAUCUGAAAGCCAGUGUGUUGACCUGGCUGGGUUAAUGAAUACAGGUGGACUGACUGUGAAAGCUGCCAUGAAGGGAUGCACCACCAUGUCUGAAUGCAAUGCUGUAGGAGACAGUAAAAACAAUCUGGGGAUGAUGGACAUUAAAAUAAAGCGGUUCCAAUGCCAACCAGCCAUUACACUGGAAAUGCGGAAUUCUGGGCUUGUCCCUCCACAAAGUCUUUUCUUCCCUGCCCUAUUAGGAUUCAUCUUGGAGAAGUUAAUUUUCUGACUCUCUCUAUGGCUGGCUUAUGCAAAGCUUGUGACAGGAGCCGGUGGUUUGUACCUGUUUGAUGUGGUGUUUCUUGUGUGCAUGUUUUGUUUUCAGAAUAGCUCUUUUGACUUUACAGAAUAAAGACAGUACUUACACUUUG